AUGACUUCCUCGAGGCCAAUGUCAAUCGCCUCAACCGACGCUACUAUUACUGGUACCUGCUCGGAUUCUGAUUCCAUCGACGAGCGUUCGUCGUUUGAUUACGAUUCCAGCAACAUUUGUUCGCCAGUCGACUAUGAUUCAGUCGACAAGCGGUCUUCGACUCAUCCCGCCGAUUAUUCCAAUUUUAGCCCAGCGUUCACCCGCGACACCUUUUCGCUCGAAGAAAUACACGACCUGAGAAUCCUGAUUACAGACGAACUCAUCCGCUUCGCCAGGAGCUCCCGCGCCGCCAAUGAAACAGAUCGAAUUCAGCGUUUACGGUUGUACAGCCGUGUCGAAGACCUGUUUUCGACUCUUUACAUGCAUCAGCUAGGCCCGCCCAUGGAACUUCGAAGGGCCUUAAUCCAGGCUAAAGGGGAGGAAGAGAAGAAGAAAGAUAAGGAAGAGAUGAUUGUUUUUCACAAGGAAGUUGAGGCUCAGUCAGAGGAAGUGACUGAAGAGUAUGUGUCAGAAAUUAAGGCCAUGAUAGAAAACCAAGGUAUGUAA